AUGACACGCGUCUUGCGAAAGUGGCACGCCUGGUGUGAGCGGCGGCGGAUGAAGGCGCGUCGUGUCGCGUGGGCGGAGGCGCAGCACGGCGCCGCAUUGGGACGUAAGGCCCUUAUGGCGUGGCGGCGAGCCGUGGCGGUACGGCAUUGGAAGGCCGCGGCGGCGCAGCGAGGUGCUGCGUUCCGGAGGCGCUACGCGGCCCGGGCCGCGUUGCGGCGCUGGCGCGACGCUGCGGCGUCGUACCGUACGGCACGCGACGCGGCGAGCGCGGCGCUGGCAGCCGCGGCGGCGGGGAUGUAUACGCAGAAGGCGGCGGCGGCGUUUGUAGAAUGGCAGGCUUACGCCGCUGAACGCCGUCGGCGCCGCCAGAGGGAACGGUACGGCAUGGCGUACAUGCGGCGUUGGUGGCAGUUGGUGGUUAUAUGGGGCUGGCGCCAGCGGGUAGCCCGGAGCCGGCACCUGAAGACGUGCGGGCGGGUGAUGCAACGAGUCGGACGGCGGUUGCGGUUGCACUUGUCCUGGUACCGUUGGUGGUUGGCGGUUGAGGUGCUCCAGGGACAGCGCAACACUGAGCUGCGUGCUGUUGUGCUCGUACGGGCAUGCUGGGUGACGUGGCGGGCGAUGGUGGAGCACUGGGCAGUGAAACGAGAGCUGCUCAGGGCCAAGGCCGCUGCCUGGGGGCGCGCGGCGGCGUGGCAGCGGCGGCGCGCACUGGCGCGGCUGCUGCGGUUCUGGAGCUGCGAGGCUGCGCGCCGGGCUGCGAAGGCAGUGGCGGUUUGUGUGGCGGAGGGGCAUUGGCGGCGAAAGGCGCUUCGCGGAGUGGUGAGGGCGUGGCGGCGAUACGCCUGGCGACAAGUCAUGAAGCACGUGGUUCCGGAGCACAGGCCCCACCGGCUUUUGCGGGUGGCACUGGGGGGCUGGCUGAGUCAUACCCGGUAUAAGGCCCGAAAGGAGCUGGGCCGCCGCCGGGCUGUACGGCACAGGUACCCGUGGGGUGGGUGGGGUUUUGGCGGGCGAGACUGGGCGGACCUGAGUCGCCUGCACUCCCUUCACGUGGCCCGCCGAGUGCUACACGUCUGGCGACAUGACUUCCUGCCGGUGGCUGCUGCAAAGCGGGCCGCGGGGCGAUGGGCGGAUGCGCAGAGGAGGACGUCGCUGUCGCGGCGGGCGCUGGCGGGGUGGCGGUUGGAGGCAACUAGGCUGGCGGCUAAGCGCGACCGGCAGCGGGAGGCCGCGGGUUUCGCCGCCCUGCAGCUGCUGCGCCGUGUGCUGGUCGCCUGGUCGACCGCGCCUCACCUGCAGGAGACCCGGCGGGCAGCAAAGGCGGUACGACUGGAGGAGCUGGUUUCGGAGCUGGCGGCUGGUACGACACGGCGGCUGCUGGCGGCGUGGCGGCAGGUGGCGGAGGACUUGGUCAUGAAGCGCUUCCAGGACACGAGAGCACGGGCCUCUUGGCGCCACUGCACCCUCCGCCGCUGCAUGACCUCCUGGGCCCUAUACCUGGCCCACCGCCGUACCGCCACCUGCCUGACGGCCAGGGCGCGGACCGCAUAUCGACAUCGAGUAUGGCGAUCGGUGCUCGAGGCCCUCGCUCGGUACGCCGCGACGCGACGCGCCAAACGGAGGGCAGCGGCGGUGGCUUCGGAGCACCAGCGCCGGCUGCUGCUGCGGCGGGGUAUGGCGGCGCUGACGUGGUAUGGCAGGUACCGCGCCGCCAAGGCUCGUGAGUACAUCGCCGCACGUGCGCAGUACGUACGGCGGCUACAGCGGGAGGGUGUGGCGGCCUGGUUGCAGGUGGGCUUGGAGCUACGGCAACAGCGGAUUGAGAUGCUGGCGGCUCGGCAGGCUCGCAGCCUGGCGCAGCAGCUGGCCCGUGUGGAGCCCUUUGCUCGCCGCUGGCUGAACUUGGUACGACACAGGCGGCGGCAACAGCAGCAGCUUAGAUUCCAGACGCUUCCACUGGAGGUUAAUUUAACGUAUCCUUUCUCUCGUCCCAGGGGAGCUGCUGCGGCCCCCGCCGCGGCCUCCGAGCUCGCCGCCGCCCCCGCCGCCCCCACCGCUUCGACGGGCCCCCGGUCGCUGUCCGCCUGGCCCACUACCAGGACCUCCGCCGCCGCCGCAUAUCCCGUGUCAGCGUCAGCUGUGGCGGCGGCGGCGGCUACCGGUGUUCGUCUUGUGGACGCAGGAACGUCGAUAGUUGCGGGUGGUGACAGUGGCGGCCGACUAAGACAUGUCGCCGCCGCCGCCGUCGCCACCACUGGCAUGCAGCAGAUGCGGGGCCGGCACACACUUGCAACACCCGCGGCCGCCACCGCCUUCACGACCGCCACUACCGCGACCAGCAUCAUGGCUGACGGUGGUCGUGUUGGUGGAACUGAAACUGGAGACUUUUUGCUGCUGCCGCGCCGCCCCGCCACUGUGGCUUGCUUUGGCGGCGCCGGCGGCGGCGGCGGUCAACCGGCUGACGGUUCCGUACGGGGCUUGUACGACCGACCAGCGUCGUUGGCAGUCGCCGGAUGCGGCGGUCCGGAGCAGCUUCCGACUGCGAAGGCGGGUGCGGUGACUUGGAGUCGGGUUCGCCCGGGUACCGCUCAUCUUGUCAGCGACGCCGCCAUGGCUGUCGGCACCACCUCCACAGCUACUACCUCCGUUGCCUGUGCUGCCGCCGGUAUCGGUACUGACUCUCCUGGUGGGGGCGCUGGCGAGGCAGCGGCACCUUCGGACAUGGAGGACGUGGAGGAGGCGGAGGAGGAGGAGGAGGAGGAAGCGGGCGCGGUGGCGCUGGCGAUGGUGGCAGCGGCAGCACUGCUGGCAGGUGGUCGGAACGUGGCUCUGCAUGCGGAGGAGCACGGCGGACCAAGAGGAGGCGGAGGCGGGGGCGGCGGAGGUGGUGAUGGGAGCGGUGGCGACGGCCAGCACGGCGCCGCCGCCAUCGCCGCCGCGCCGCCGUCGUCCGCCGCCUCCGCCGGCAUCACCAUACACCGCCCCGGGCGGCACCCGCCGGACGUGCUCCGGCUGCCCAGUCGCGGUGAGGGCGGCGUCUGGGCUGAAGAGGUGGAGGAGGAAGUACAUUGCGGCGCUGGCGACGGUGGCUACGAACGACGUGAUUAUGUUUUACGUGUCGGAGUUGGUGAGGGCGAUGGUGGUGGUGGUGGAUUUGGUCGUGGUGGCGCCGCUUCAGAUGACCCGAACAACCUUUACCAGCAUGAACGUCACCGUUACCACCACCAACAGAACCACCAACUGAACCAAACGCACUCUCAUCAGUUAAGGCAACCCCAACAGGAUGGUGACGGCGCUGAACGGGGCGUGUCUUCUGACCCGCCAGGAGACGAGGGGGAGUUACGGGAACUUGAAUCCGUACUGCGGCAUUGUAAACGCCUCAAGGCGUUACUUCAGGAGCUCGAAUCAGCCGAUGCGGUCGACGGACGGCCCCCUGUGGAGGACGGGGUUGGCGGCGCCGCCACCGUAACGGCGGCGGUGGACGUCGCCGCUGCCCAUGCAGUUGCAGGGCCGGCGGAGAUGGCUGUGGUGGUACGGCAGCAGCAAGCGGCGCAGGUACGGGCGGCCCUGGCGGCGCUGCGGCCUGUGGUUGAGGACGCGGCGGCGCGGCUGAGCAAGAUUCGACGGCUGGCUACUGAAGGUUCUUCCUUGUGA